AUGUGGGUGUUUGGGAGUAAAGCCAAGUCUCCUUACACCUGUCUCCCCCCUCCUUACACCUGUCUCACUUCUUACAACAGUCCCCCCUCUUUACACCCGUCUCCCCCCUCCUUACACCCGUCUACCCCCUCCUUACACCCAUCUCCCCCCACCUUACACCCGUCUCCCCCCUCCUUACACCCGUCUACCCCCUCCUUACACCCAUCUCCCCCCACCUUACACCCGUCUCCCCCCCCUCCUUACACCUUUCUCCCCCCUCCUUACACCCGUCACCCCCCUCCUUACACCCGUCACCCCCCUCCUUACACCUUUCUCCCCCCUCCCUCCUUACACCCGUCUCCCCUCUCCUCACACCCCUCUUUACACCCGACACCCCUUUUUACACCUGUCCCCCCCAGGUGGAUACCCCUUGGUGGGUGGGUGCUUUAA